AUGCCAAUGUGGUUGCGGAUGCUGUGCAAGGUCAAGUUCCCUCCUUGGGGACAACAGAUUCUUCAGCCCCCCCCCUCGCUAGGAGCUUUGAACCCACAACGCCCGAAGCCCCCUAGCCCCAUCCGGUUCUCGAACUCGACGAUCUUGUCCCGAGGUGGUGCGGGAAUCCCCUCGGAUCCGGCCCUGACGGCACACGGCGUCGACCAGGCCAAGGAACUCGGCGCCCACCUCCUGACCGUCGAGCCUCCAAUCGAUGCCGUCUACUCAAGCCCCUACUACCGCUGUCUGCAGACCAUCACGCCCUUUGUCUCCCUCAAGGAGGACGAAAUCAACCAAGGCGCCCAAAAAGACGUUGGCGCUAAGAGCGAUGCCACCGUUAUUCGCCCCGAGCAUGGUCUCUGCGAAUGGUAUGGAGCCGCCCCGUUUGACCACCCAACGCCGGCCUCGCCGGAUGUGCUGAAGCCCAUGUUCCGUCACCUCGAUGCAGCGUAUCAGAGCCGCGUGUUUCCCGCCCGCAAGGGCGAGACCAUCGCUCAAUUGCACGACCGCGUCGCCGCUGCCGUUCAAGCCAUCAUUGAGCAGUGCGAUGCCGAGGGCAAGCGCGCCGUCGUCCUGUGUUCACACGCAGCCUCAAUCAUUGCGCUUGGUCGGGUGCUUACCGGAAAUAUGCCCGAGAACAUUGAUGCGGAAGACUUCCGAGCCUUCACCUGUGGGUUGAGCAUGUACCGGAGAAAAUCACCGUCUUCUUCGGAACGAGCGCAAUGGGUCUUUUCAACUGACAACCAACAGGUCCUGGUCCUGGUUCUGAUGCUGGUGCCCCAGCAGAAACCACUCCUUGGAGAAAUGGUCGGGGAGUUGGAGGAGGGUGGGAGAUUCUCGGGCGACGAGUCCUUUUCCGCGGCCGAGAAGUCAUCGGAGGUGGACGCUGGCCUGGCGCUCGGCGUGGUGGUGGAAGGAACAGUGAGACCCGACAAGGCCUCUCCCCACAGAGGAGCUGCAGGUCAUCAUCGCCUCUAG